AUUGAACGGUUAGAAAGGACACACGAGAUAGAAAGCAUACAAAGACGUAGUAUCGAGUGCUCGGUUAACUUGCAACUUGUAAAAUGCCAAAGAAAGCGCGUGUACGCAAGCCAAAGCACAGGAAGUCAUUACAUGAACAGAUAGAAGAUCCCCAAAGCUAUGGAGUUAGGACGAGGCCAAGAGCGGAGAAAAAGCGGCGGCGAGCGGAGGAGGAGGAAGAGGAGUUGCUGGAUGUCAAGAUGAGCGGUCGCAUUCUUAAGGCGGCUCGCGAGCAGCAGCAGGAGCUCGAUGCCGAGGAGCUAUUCGACCUGGACCAUGAUGACGAGGACGACGAGGACGAGCAGGAGCAGGGGGCGGGGUCGAAACAGCAGAAGAAGCGGGUGGAUCCGCAGGCCGCCAUGCGCGCUGCCAUGGCCCGGUUAGGCGGUGGCAAGGCCUCCGGGGCCGCAGCCACAGCAGCCGACUCCUCAGAUGAUGAAGCCGACUCGGACUCAGGGUCAGAUGGCCUGCCAGCCCGGCCUGUAACCGGCCCCCGGGGGGGUCGUCUCCCCGCCACCAACGAUGACGCGGACUUGUACGACAACGGCGAGGAUGCUGACGUGGAGGUGGAUCCAGAAGACGAGCGGGCGCUGGCUGCCUUCAUGGCCCCCGGCGCGGCAGCCUACCAGCAAACCAGCCUGGCUGACCUGAUCGUGGCGCGGUUGCGGGAGCGGCAGGCGGAGCAGGGGCUGCGGCGGCUGCCCGGGCAAGAGGGCGAGGAGGGCGAGGGCGAGGAGGACGGGGAGGCAGGUCCGAGUGCUGCUGGGGCGGGUGGGAUGGAGGGUCUGGAGCCGCGUGUGGUGGAGGUUUACCGCGGGGUGGGGAAGCUGCUGUCGCGGUUCACGGCGGGUACGGUGCCCAAGGCGUUCAAGAUCAUCCCCAACCUGCGCAACUGGGAGGAGGUGCUGUACCUCACCGACCCAGACUCCUGGAGCCCCCACGCGGUCUACCAGGCCACCCGGCUGUUCGUAUCCAACCUGAACGCGCGCCUGGCGCAGCGCUUCCUGGCGCUGGUGCUGCUGCCGCGCGUGCGGGCGGAGAUCCGGCAGCACAAGCGACUGCACUUUGCGCUGUUCCAGGCGCUGAGGAAGGCGACGUACAAGCCGGGGGCGUUCUACAAGGGCCUGCUGCUGCCGCUGUGUCAGUCGCGCACCUGCACACUGCGCGAGGCAGUCAUCUUCACCUCGGUGCUCAAGCGCGCCUCACUGCCCGUGCUGCACUCCGCGGCGGCGCUGCUGCGGCUGGCGCAGCUGGACUACUGCGGCACCACCAGCUUCUUCAUGCGGGUGCUGCUGGACAAGAAGUACGCGCUGCCGUACAGGGUCAUUGACGCGCUGGUGGACCACUUUGUUCGCUUCGCUGACGACGAGCGGCAGAUGCCUGUGGUGUGGCACCAGACGCUGCUGUGCUUCGUGCAGCGGUACAAGGCGGAGGUGCGGCCGGCCGACAUGGCGGCGCUGCGGGCGCUGUGCGGCAAGCAGCACCACCCCAAGGUGACGCCCGAGGUGCUGCGCGAGCUGGACCACUCGGGCGGCGGCCGGGGGCAGGCGGGGCAGGCGGCGGGCGCUGCGCCCAUGUCGGUGCUGAGCGGCGCUGCUGCUGCUGCUGUGGCGGGGGCGGUGGGGCGGAGCAAGGUGGGACAGAAUGUGGUGGAGAAUGUGCGCGACCUGCCGCCGGUGCUCAUGAUGGAAGAUUGAGCGGAAUGGGGAGCAGGAGCGGGUGGUGGCGGUGGUGGUGCUGCGCAGGUGGUCUGGGGGCGGAUGUGGCUGUCGGAGGAACGGUAGGUACGCAUAUUGAGGAGAGCAUGUAGGUGUAGGUUUGAGCUGGAGCAGUGGAGGCGGAGGAGGUCAGUUCUUCGGCGCCUGAGAUUGCAUGCAAAGGGUGGUGCGGUGGGGCUUGUUGGCUCGUUGGGGUCCCCCUCACUUGGGGAGUUCAUGUAUCCGGGGGAGGCGAGGGGGUGCUGCUGAUAGCGUAGCUCAGUAC